AUGCACGUGGUCCGCACGCACAAGCACGCCGACAAUAAAGCCUACCGCUGCGUUUACGAGCAGGAAGAUCCGCAAUGGAAAGUCAGAAUCAACCUCUCAAAAUACCUAAUGGUGAUCGCCGGCGAAGCCCUCAAAUCCAACAUAACCACAAUCGACCCGUUCGUUCUCCCGCCGUCGGAGCAGCUCUUCUUCCUCUUCACCCUAAUCGUCCGGAAAAUCUUCAAUCCCAAAUGGAAACCCUACAUUCCCGACUUCAAACAGGCCUUCAAACACUUCUGCAUCAACGCUGGCGGCCGCGCUGUCAUCAACGAUUUCCAGAAGAACCUGCAACUCUUGUCGGAGCACGUAGAGGCCUCCAUCCCAGAUGACGUUGCACCGGUUCGAAAACACGUCGUCUUCUUUGCCUUUGUACGAAUUCAACUACAUUAA